AUGAACCAACCUCCCUCUCCAUCCCCAGACCCCCGCGAGGGGCGCCUAGACUCAGAAAUUGCCUCCAUCCGCACCCAAAUCCGCACGCUCCACCGCCGCCGCCGAGUCCUCACAUCGAGCCUCCUCACCUCAGACCCAAUCCAAAGACUGCUGCAAAGGCCACGAGUAACAACAUCCCUCGACAACAUCUCCUCCAUCUCACCCCUCGUCCGCGCAGCAGGAACACACGCCGACUCGAACCACCACCGCAUUGCGUUCGGGACGACCGCGUUCCCUUUCAAAGAUCCCUCCCCUACGGCCUCAGGGGAUCUACUAGGUUUGCGCAUUGAUGUCUGCGCGCGUAAUGGCCGUUUUGCGAAACCGUACUAUGUUCUCUUGCGUCGGGAACGCGCGCGCGGAAGUGCCGGUGUCGAUGCGGGUGCGGGACAUCCUCGGAGACGGUUGCGCGUCUAUAGGCACACCGUUCCUGCCUUUAUUUCCAUUGCGAAAUUGGAGCAGAAGUAUCUGCCACCCUCUCGACAGGACAGCAAUUGGCACAGAGAGGAGCAGGGGGAGAAUAUGAACCUCGAAGAAGACGAAGAGGAGGAUGAGGACGGUCCUUCAAAGCCAGGGAAGGAGUCGGGGAGUGCUGCGCGAAAACAGGACGUGCACGGGUUCGUCCGCGAACUGCGCCGCGAGCUUGUGGCCUGGCAUGUCCGUGUUGAUGCCGUUGAUCUGCUACGUGAGAAAUUGGCGUUGAUGGAGUCAAGCACAGACAUGAACACGGCACCGGUUGAGGGCACGGGGAUUGUGUCUCUGUCGUCCACGGCGCUGGAGGCGCGGUAUGUGCGGCUAGAAUGGGAAGAUGGCCGAGUCGGGCGGUUCAAGUUGUCCAAUACGGGCCUUGUGGAGAGGGCCGUUGUUAUUGGGGACCAAGGUCGAGAUAAGAAAGUUGAAGGGGCCAUGACUGGUUCUGGUGGGAGAGUGGAAACUAUCCUCGAACGGCUGCGUGAGGCUGUCUAG